GCCGCUAUAUAGGCACCACCAUAACUCUAGCGAGUAACUUUGAACACCGCCCUCGAGACCAUUUCCGCAUUACCGCCAUAACUAGUUACGCUCUAGAGUCUCAUGAACAAUAGUGACUGCUGUAUUAUUAUAUGGGGCUCUGGUAGAUACGUGACAGUGUGUAGCAUAUAUAUUAUGUUGUGAUUCAUUCAAUUUGCCACUGGAGCUGGCGCUGGAGCAGUGACGACUAUGCUUCCGUUCCGUCUCCGAAAUAGCACGAUAUUGAUUGGCCAGUGUAGUAACGGGAAAAACCGGCGACUUUUCGGCUCGAUCGGGCUCAAAUCAUUUUUGAAGCGAAAAAGUUGCCAUACCAAAAACUUUCACAAUGCCUUACGCUCCAGGUGACGCUGGUAAGGGUGCUGCUAUCUUCAAGAGAAGUUGUGCUUUGUGCCACACCGCCGGUGCUGGCGAGCCCAACAAGGUUGGCCCUAACUUGCAUGGUCUUUUCGGUCGCAAGACUGGCUCCGUAGAAGGUUUCUCGUACACGGCGGCCAACGUGAAGAAGGGUGUUAUUUGGGGAGAGGACACUCUUUUCGCUUACCUUGAGAACCCCAAAAAGUACAUCCCAGGAACCACUAUGGCUUUCGUUGGUCUCAAGAAGGAGAAGGACAGGAAUGACCUCAUUACAUACUUGAAGGAAGCGACCGCCUAAUUUUAUAUCCACCACGGACAUCCCAUUCCUCAUACAGACUACAGAUAUAGUACGGCUUUGCAUCAGGUCUUAGUAUACUAGACGGCCACCCUUGUUCGCAUCUCCUCGCAUCCUUUACCCCCGCUCAUACAACGAUAUACUUUUUUCUCUUGCUUGUUGGUAGUCGGCGAUAUGUCAAGUUGCCUCCAUACACCAUAGGAUAAGUGGACUGAUCAGCCUAUUAGCGAUGACAUGCAAAGAUACACGGUGC